UCGUGUGCCGACCGUUCGCUGAAAAAGAUAUAGAAAUCGAAAACGCAAACGCAGAAAAACACGCUGGAUUAAAGUGUUUCGUUUCGAACUUCGACAGAGUGAGCAAAUAUAAAGUGAAGUGAGCGCGCAAAGCCAAAUAACUCGCAGAGAAAGCAACCCAAAAUCGAAAAUAAACGCAAAGCAGGCCACACCCGAGAACCUCUAGUAACCCUCGCAAGUAAUCCGGUACGACCGUGUAAUAACCGCCAAGAUUCUACUCAAGGAGCGUAAAGCGAUCAUCUCGAGAAUGAAGUCCCUGACGGCCGUUUGCCAGACAGGUGCCUCCGGAAUGCCGGCCCUGAAUGCCAGCGGGCGCAUCUCGCGCCACCCCACGCACCGCGGCGACGGCGAGAACGCCGAGAUGAAGAUGUAUCUGUCCAAGCUGAAGGACCUCGUGCCCUUCAUGCCCAAGAACCGGAAGCUGACCAAGCUGGAGAUCAUCCAGCACGUCAUCGACUACAUAUGCGACCUGCAGACGGAGCUGGAGACGCAUCCGGAGAUGGGCAACUUCGAUGCGGCGGCCGCUCUCACGGCGGUGAACGGACUCCACGAGGACGAGGACAGCGACAUGGAGGACGCGGAUGUGGAGGCGGCAGCAGCGGCGGAAACGGAAACGGAAGUGGACCCCGACGUCCUCGCCCAGCGCCUGGCCGCCGAACAGCCGGCGAAAGUCUCUAGUCCCGCCGCCCGCCUCCCGCUCGCCGACCGCCAAACGCCCAACACGCUCGUGGCGCCCGCCCAUCCGCAGCAGCAGCAGCAGCAACUGCAGCAGCAGCAACUGCAGUCACAGCAGCAACUGUCCAACAGUUUAGCAACGCCACUGAACGCGGAGAAAGACAGCAGGCAGUCGUAAGCGCGGAAAACGUCCAGCCGGGAAACCCCACAAAACCUAUAAACUUAUUAACUAAAUGCAUAAUUAAAGUACAGUCAAAACUCCACUCGCAACCUUCGUGUGAAGAUCUCCGCAUAUUAAAUAACGUGUGAAACUCUCAAGAAAACCGCAGCCCAGGCGCAUCUCUUCAAGUCCCUUUUCCCGGGCAUGAAAAUGAAAAUCCGGGAAAAUGGGAUCUCGCUUGGCUCAACAGAGUUUAGAUUAAACAUUUAUAAACACAACAACACAAAAACCUAGCAUUAGAGCAUCGUAAGCAAGUAAACAUUAUGAUUAUUAAUUAAACAUUAAACACUAGGAUGGCGCUUAAGAAUGAAUGGAAGAAGAGAACUUGGCAAAGCUUUAAACAAUUUAAUUUUUCCUUUAACGCUUGAAAUUACACUAAAGCAUAUAUUUUUGUUUUCCUAAUUUUAGUUUUGUUUUGGUUUAAACAACGCAAGAAAAAAUGUUACUAAUGCAAAGCAAACAGAGAUCAGCAAUAAAUAAAAUGAAAUGCACAGGCAACAAAACCGGAAUUACGUUCAAUCGUCGAAUUCUGUAUUAUGAUUAUAUGAUUUCUAUCCAAAUGAUUUUCCUAUUAAUUUUAAUCAAUGAAGAAUUUUCCUAUUAUUGAUUAGCCACAGCCAAUAAAUAACAAGAACAACCAACUCAGCAGCACACACAUUCAAAUUCAUUAAUUUAUAUCGCGAGUACGUUUAGUGUUAAGUUCGAGAAAGUUAAUUUUCGGGCACUAAUUUUCACUCACACAUAAAGUAAACAAAAACACACACACCUCAUUUUGUAGUUUUCCGAGUCCCUUGGAUCGUUUUCCUCUUUUUGUAAUCGAAUUAACGUAUAAUGCAUAAUAAUACACUAAACCUAUAAAUAUACAUUAAUAUAUGUUCUGUGAUCUGUAGCAUACUUUGUACAAAGUGUUUUUUUUAGCAUAAUUAUGC